GCCUACACAUCAACACAGCCGAAAGUUCUAGUUCUUCUGAGGAGAUAAAAAUCCUGAGAGAGAGAGAGAGAGAGAUGGGGAACGUGGGAGAGAUCGAAGAAAUGCAGGGUUUGUUGAUAGAAGAAGUCGAGAAAAUGCAGGAGUGGUCUUCCUCUUCAACAACAAUGCCUCUUCUAGCUCUGAAUCAUGUCUCAUUCGUUUCCAAGUCUCUGAGAAAGUCCAUCAGGUUCUAUGAGGAAGUUUUGGGCUUUGUACUCAUCAAACGCCCUUCCUCCUUCGACUUUGAAGGAGCUUGGUUGUUCAACUAUGGUAUUGGCAUACAUCUGCUGGAGUCAGACGCUGCCCCAUCAAAGAAAGGCGCAAUAAAUCCAAAAGACAACCACAUUUCAUUCCAGUGCACAGACAUGAACAGGGUUAUUCGCAAACUAGAGGAGAUGAACAUAGAGUAUGUUACAGCAGUGGUGAAAGAAGGUGGAAUUACAGUUGAUCAGCUUUUCUUCCAUGACCCUGACGGGUACAUGGUUGAAAUAUGCAAUUGUCAAAAUCUCCCUGUUCUUCCACUUAUAUCAUGCCCUCUUAAGCUACCCAAUACCAGCAGGAACAACACGACCUCAUCGUUUUAUGAUAAACCAAGCACAAAGAUGUCAUUCUAUGGAGAAUCUGAGGCGCUGAUGAUGGAGAAUUUUGUGGUGGACAUGAUGACCAUUUCGAUCUGAAUGAUUUCUCGAGAAUGAUUGUUGCAAUCUUCCCAGAUUUUUUAAUGAAAUUGUUAUUGUGUAAAUUUAUGUGUAAAGAAAGGGUUAAAGCUUUCUGCUAUUAAAUUGCGAAAAAGACAGUCUUUCUUUUGGUUAUGAAGUAUUUGUAAGCUUUGUUGGGUUAAUGUUGCAUUUUCAAUUCCUUGUUAAAAAAACCUUGGAUCAUGAAUUGAUUGAUUUCAUCAAA